CAACACCUCUGUACCUAUUCCUAUAGACCUACCAAGGCCUCUCACCAAUAUUACACCAGAUACAAACAAAAACACUAACAACACAGUCAAGUCAGACACAAACCUCUCCACUAUAGCCACAACUAUCACAUCUUCAACUA